GUGUGUGGGCAAAGGGGUGUGACGAGACAUUCACCUAUGCACACUUUCCCCAGUCACAUGCCUGACUCUUCACUCGAUCUGCUGUAACGCUUGCCAUUAUUUCAACAAUCAGCUACUUGACGUGAGCCCCUUUCGCUGUUUAGUUAGAUCAACAUGUCCCAGCUUUAUUCUAACCCAGCAGCUGUUCCACCUGGUUUGGAGUACCUUACACAGAUUGACCAGAUAUUAGUCCAUCAAAAGAUUGAGCUCCUUGAAGCCAUUAUUGGCUUCGAGACUAAUAACCAGUAUGAGAUUAAAAACAGCGUUGGUCAAAAGAUCUUCCAUGCUAAAGAAAACACUGACUGCUGCACGCGAAAUAUCUGUGGCCCUCUGAGGAGUUUUGAGCUGCAGAUAAAAGAUAAUUUUGAUCAGGAAGUGAUUCACUUAAUCAGGCCUUACCGCUGCACAUCCUGCUGUUUCCCCUGCUGUCUUCAAGAGAUGGAGGUACAGGCUCCACCAGGGAAUGCAAUCGGUUACAUCAAGCAAGACUGGCACAUGUUUAAGCCCAAGUUCUCCAUCUAUGACAUGUCCAAAACAAAGGUUCUGUCCAUCGAAGGGCCUUUUUGUGCCAUCAGCUGCUGUGGGGAUGUGGAUUUUGACAUAAGCGGUAAGGAUGGAUAUUCUGUUGGUCGCAUCAGUAAACAGUGGACUGGCUUCAUCAAAGAGACACUGACUGAUUCAGAUAAUUUUGGCAUUAACUUUCCCAUGGACCUGGAUGUGAGGAUGAAAGCAGUUCUGCUGGGAGCAUGUUUCCUUAUAGACUUCAUGUUCUUUGAGCAGUCCGGUGACUCAGGACAGCGUUGCAGUGUGUUUGGCUAGAAGGGAGUGGGAGAUAGAUUGUGGUUCUUGGU